AUGGCCCUUGCACUUGAUCGCCACCUUACUAUCCUCGCUGGCAUUUCUCUUUCCUUUGUUGUUGUCAAGGCACUCAACCGGUUCAUCAAAAAGCAACAGAACAAUGCUCCUCUUCCUCCUGGCCCAGUGCCCCUCCCACUGCUGGGGAGCGUCUUAUCUAUCGACGCUUAUGAGCCUUGGCUGACUUACACUGAAUGGGGUGCUGUGUAUGGGGACUUGCUCUUCGUGCGAAGUCUAGACGAGGAAAUGGUCGUGGUCAAUUCCCAGCCCAUUGCAGAAGCCUUACUGGACAAACGUUCUCGGAUUUACUCCGAUCGACCAUACCUAGCAACACUCGAGCCAUAUGGGUUGUCGCUCAACUUUGCAUUCAUUGCUUAUGGCGACGAAUGGCGUCUCUGCAGACGACUUUUCCACCAAACUUUCCGUCCCGACUCUGCAGCAAAAUUUCGCCCGAUGCAAAUCCAGCGUGCUCGUGAGAUUGUCGUCAACCUGGUCAAUGACCCUGAAAAUUAUUACGACCACUUCGCAACAUUCUCGUUAUCUGUUGUGAUGUCAACAGUAUACGACUACGAUAUCGGUGCUCGUGAUGAUCCUAUGGUGCAGACCGUCAUAAAGGCACUGGUUCCAGGCUUGACCGUGUUGACCCCAGAGAGAGCAUUACUGCUCAAAACCUUUCCCUUCUUACUAAAGGUGCCUGACUGGUGCUGGGGAUCCUCGAUCAAGCGUAGUGCUCGAAGUUCGAGGGAGCGCCUCAAUGCAAUGGCCGACAUACCAUUUCGAUAUGUGCAGCAGCACAUGGCCGACGGCUCGUUGGUCGCUCAGUCCUCGAUGGUUGCAGAAAAUUUGCGACGGAUGGAGAGGCAAGAGGAAGCAUUCAAGCCUGCAUUCGAGAAUGCAUUGAAGAAAGCAGGUACUACUGCUAUUAUAGCUUCAUAUGAGACGAGUGCAGCUACUUUGAUGAUUUUUUUCCUGGCCAUGGUAUUAUAUCCUGAAGUUCAGAAACGCGCACAAGCAGAAAUCGACUCGGUGGUUGGAAAAGAACGGCUGCCAACGUUCGAGGACAGAGCAUCGCUACCCUACAUCGAUGCAAUUGUGCGAGAGACUUGGCGAUGGCAGCCUGUUACGCCUCUUGGCGUACCACAUGCUGCCUCGAGUGAUGACGUAUACAAUGGGUAUUUCAUUCCAAAAGGCGCAAUCAUCACAUACAACACAUGGGCCAUUACACGGGAUGAAAAACGGUACCCCGACGCAUCUAAUUUUAUACCAGAGAGGUUCAUCGACAGUAAUGGCGCGUUGACAAGUGACGACCCCGCACAAUACAUUUUUGGCCUUGGCCGGCGUAUAUGUCCAGGGCGGUACAAUGCUGAUUUCUCCGCAUGGGCUGCCAUUGCGACUAUGUUAGCCACGUUGGAUAUUUCUCCUGCCAAAGAUGACCAGGGCAAAGAGAUCAGCUUUACUCCUGAGUUCAUCCCAGGAGUGGUCCGGUUUCCUGCGACCUUCCCUUGCAGUAUUUCGGCACGGUCUCAUAUUCAUUCAGACACUGUGGACAGUUGGCGAACUGCCGAGGUUUGAGAGAAGGGAUAACAGUUUGCUAUCCGUGGUCUGAUUGGGAGCAGCUAGAGGCAACGUAGUGCUAAUCGAUCGAGUACUUCCUGCCAGUGUAUACUGAGUCAGUAGACGCGAUGAACGUGUCCAGUUAUUCGAGGGCUAUGACAUUUUGGUGACGGGGUCCUUGCCAUUUACAAUAUCAAA